AUGUCAUCAUCUUCAUCAUUCGAUUCGAUGGCUAUAGAGGAUGCUAAGUUUAUCGGUUCCGUCAUGGUGAAAACUGUUGCAUACUAUCAAAACCGACUAGCCGAAACAUCACGUGCACGAUCUAAACCAAGAAAGUCGUGGUUGCGUAGAAAUAAUGAAGUCGGACACGAUCACCUUAUAGAAGAUUAUUUUGCAGAUGACGCCAGCUACACUGUAAAGUUUCGACGUCGGUUUUGGAUGAAGAAGGAACUAUUCUUACGUAUUGUUAGCGAUUUGGAAGGCCGCUUUCCAUAUUUCCAAUGGAAAAUGGAUGGAAGACGGAUAAAAGGAGUAGCCGUUGGUACUCAAGAGUAUAGUGUGAAUAGAAGAGAAGUACACAAUCGCAACAUUCAUCACGCCCUUUGUGCUGAUUUGGUGGAACACAUUUAUAAAGUUCAUAUUCAGCCCCCGUUAGAGUUUUCUCACGAUGAUUUGUUUGACGAAUCAAACGAGGAUUCUGAUAUGUUCGUCGAGAGUAAAGAUUCCGACGACGAGAGUGACGCUGGGGAGAAUGAUGAAAACGAUCAAGACGAUGACGAGGACGAUGAAGGCGAUGACGAAGACGAUGAUUCUGAAUGA